AGUAUUUUGCCAUUUUAACACUAUUAAUAUCUUGUUCCUUAAAACUUAAUUAAUCUGACGCAAUAAUAAAAUUAAUGCAAAUCCUGUAAUUAAUACAAAAACGCAAUUAACCAUCAAUUAUAUAAUUGUUUAAUUCAUCACCGAUAGAUGUCACUGUCAUGCAAGAAUGAAAUAAAGCGCUAUUCAAAAUAAAAUUGAAAACGCAGUCGUAAUACAUUAAGCUUAAAUAAAAACUUUUACAAACUUCAUGAACUCUGAUAGAAAUAAUAAAAUGUAAUUGGCAGAAAUUGGAGCAUUCUACGUCAGUAACUACAAAAAAGUAGAAACGCCAAACGAAAUGAACGUCAACGAUAUGACAGCGUUAAGUAAAACGCAAUUAAAACUAUUGCUUACGACUAUUUUUAGUUAUAUUUUACCCUUAAAUAGUGUUAAAAUUGAAUUUAGAUAUUCUUAAUUAUUCUUUAAUUUACAAUUCCGUGAUAUAAAGUUGUGUCCUAUUCAUAAAUUGGAAAAACCGAGCUUUACAGUCUCUAUCCUGCUGCAGUUUUUUACAAGUUCCUUUAUUAGACAUGGAGCGAACUCUGAAAAAAACUGUGUCGUUGCGUCAAAUGAAAUUGUUGUUGGAGUUUUUAGAGAAGAAUAGAAAUCUGGCGCUCGGCCGAUUGCGAUCCAAGGAAGGGCGCGCGUUGUCUAAAAAAUUAUGGGCAGAGUGCGCGGACAUUUUAAAUGUUGAAAAUGUCGGAUCUUCAUUUAGAAAUGGCAGGGAAUGGGCUAAGUUCUAUACAGAUUACAAAGCCCGACUAAACAACAAAGUAAGAGCAAUGAGAAAUAAUGAAACCACAGCAGCAACUGGAGCAGAAAUAGAACUCACUUCACUGGAAACCAGGCUGUGCAAUAUCCUUGGGUACAAUAUCAAAGAUCUGCUCAUGGCAAAAGCAAACCCUUUAAGCUUAACCCGAGAAGCCAAAAAAGAGUCAAAAAUUAAAGGAAAGAAAAUAAAACUAAAAAGAAGAAGGAGUUCAUCAGACAGUUCAAUAAACUCUGCAAAAGAAACUCUAGAAAGAAUAGAAGAAUCCCGCAUAGAAGUAGACAGACUUAAGGCCGACGGUCUCUUUAAAAUAGCAGACAGUCUAGCACAGAUGGCAGAGGCUCAGAACAGAGUAGCAGCGAGUAUGGAGAACCUGGGGGCGGGAGUGUGGCAGCUCUUGCAGAGGUUUGGCCCUGCUCCGGGGCCACAGGAUGGGAAAAUUUGGGAUGAAAAAGUUCAAGAGCACAAUAUCCUGCAAUGAAGGUGGAACCAUGGUUAUUAUCAAGGUCAAAUUUUUGUAAUAUUUAUGACCUCGAACAACCACAGAUAAGAAAAAGUUUUAUUUUUUCUGUGACCCUGACAUUACAUGAACAUACUAUAUUUUAAGUCAUGGUUGCCUAGGGCAGAGAUCGGCAAACUCUUGAAAAGACCCAACCGCAGUAGAAAUCGCCAGUUUUAGGAAUGUCAAUGAGAAUGUUUUCAGUGGUUUAAGAGAUCAGAAGAUGUACAUUUUUUUAGUUGCUUGAAGAGCCGCAAUCGUACCUGGAAAUAGCCGCAUGCGGCGCGUGAACCGUGGUUUGCCGACCCCUGGCCUAGAGGUACCUAAGGUGUACAACUUUCAAACUGGAAGGCAAUUCUUUUAAGGAUCUACUACCUAUAUUAUGAGCUUAUGAUUUAUGUUAUUUUGACAAGGUUGUAAAAUGUAUAAUAUCCUAGUCAUGUUGGGUGAUAUUCAUAUUGUCGAAUUAAGUACAGUAGGCGCUCGAUAAUCCGGCGCUCGCCAAUCCGGCACGCUCAGUAGUCCGGCAUUUUGGGAAUCAGGUAGCCCGCUCUAUAAUCCGGCAUUUUACACAGCUGAACGCCGGACUACUGAGCGGGUUCGAGUAGUUUCUCUCGCUCGGCAGUCCGGGCCUAUCCUUAAUAGUGAAGCCACGUGUUUGUUUUGCUUUUGCUUGUUUCGCAGCGUCGCUUUGACAAAAUGACAAGCUUUUACUUCCAUACAAAUUCGAUAAUCCGGCAGUUCCGACAAUCCGGCAUAGAGGGAAAAAAUCGGUUGCCGGAUUAUCGAGCGCCUACUGUACAUCAAUAAUUUUACGUGAAUUAUUUGUAAUUGUUACGACCAUUUUUAAAAAAGCUAGUAAAAAUAUGUGAUGAAAUGAAUUAUUUAAUGGAUGAAAGUGUUUGGUUGAAUCUUAGUUUCAGCCACAUAAUGCUCUAAUAUAGGGUUGCCAUCUCUAAAAUUUGGAAACCAGGACAAGACGCGUGAAAACCGCGGAUUUUAGAGUCCAGAACCCGGACUUGCCAACAGGUUGUGCGUGUGUCGCGGGCGGCCUAAGACUUUUAAUUUGUAAACUCCCCGGACGCUCCCCGGAUGCCCUCUAAACUAGGACAAAUCCGGGGAAGCCCGGACGGAUGGCAACCCUACUCUAGUAUAGUUAGGGUUGCCAUAAUUAUUGGUAAAAAUAGUGUUACGCGUUAUGCCAUCUCAUAGCUUAAUCUCACAUAGGUAUAGAAACAAUGUGGUUAAACAGAGAUAAUUGUGAUCAUUUAUAAUAUUCUACAGCAGUAUUGAUAUACGGGACAAAAACGGUACGAGUAAAAAUACGGGACGCGAUACUUAAGUACGGGCGGGCGGGUAAGGCACGGUGACGGUCCCGUAAUAUACUAAAGGGACUGGGACUAAGUCUCCGUAUUUAAGUAUCGCGUAGCCCCGGGACGUAUGGCAACCCUAUCUAUAGUGAACUAUGUUAUAAACAAUUAUCGCCAAAAUAAACCUUAUCUUGUUGCAAUAAUACUUAAUGUCUCAAUACAUUAUCUUGUUUUUCUCACCACAUCGUGUGAGGGUCACUGAAAGGGGUACAGACGUAAAAUGAUAAUUGAUAACAGUUAUCAAACUAACCCUUGUGUACACAUGUAAAUAGUACGUUUAUGUAUUAUUAAUACUUAGGUAUGUAAAUAAAAUUAUAAAUUUUAUUAGAAA